AUGGGUACUAAGCAAGAUCAAGGUUUAUCGCACCAUGAAGCCUCGAUAAAUGCGGGAAACUAUGACGACUCUAAUGUGCAAACGUCAAUAGAAACCAAUCAUUCAACAUACUCAAAAGGGGGGGAAAAGAUUUCCAACAAUACCAAUAAUAAUGGAAAUUCAUUCACUUCUUCUAAAGCUGUGGGUCUGGAUAGUGAUUUUGAAAAAUUGAGUAUCAAUACCAAUAUAAUUGCCGAUAUGAAAGAGACAGAUCUGUCUUCUACUGAUCUAUUUGCUAGGAUUAACUCUGAGGAAUUUGAAAUCUUUCACUGCAUUUCACUACUUCAAAGCAAUCCAAAUAUUGCAAUUCAGUACUACAUAUGUAAGAGAAUUGAAAAAUUUCCCAUAGGUGAAUUAAGAUUCUUCGCCCCACAGUUUUUGCAAUUGCUUGUUACUAUGGAAAAUCAGUCAAUGGCAUUAGAAGAAAUGAUUAAAGAUAUUUGUUCGUCUGAUCCCCACUUUAGCCUAAUAACAUUUUGGCACCUUCAGGCCAUGUUACAGGAUUUGUCAAAGGAACCUGAGAGUAUAGGUUUUCAAACAUGCAAAAGAUUAGUGAAUGAACUACAGUAUCAACUAUUUAAUUAUUCUUCAAGUAAAAAGACUACAAACUCGAGUUUUGCCUCUUCGUCCGGUGUUAUUCCCAAGUUUGAAAUCAAUAAGGAUUUUAAGCCUAAUGUUUUACCGAGCAUUGUUCUUUCCAGUUCAAUUCUGUCGGGCAUCACUGUGCCAGAAUCAACAUCUUACGUGUCUCCUAUAGUAAAAAUGGAGGGGAAGAGGAUUAAAACUAUGGUUUUUGAAGUUGUGAAAGACAUCAAGAAAAACCUAACAGAAAAUUUGACUAAGAAGAAUACUUUAAAUAAUGCUCUUUUAGGCAAAAGUGAACAUAAAGGAAAUAUCUUAAGACGGACACGUUCUAUAGCAAACGUUCCUAAAAAAAGAUCAACUUCUCCCAUGCCAGAAUCAAUUCGUAAAAGCUCCGACUCUGUCAAAGCAAGCAGGAAUCGUGACCUUGGAUUCGAGAUGAUUGAAGCUUAUUCUGAUUUAAAUUUACCAAAUCUGCGUAAACCAUCUUUAAGGGGAAAUUACUUCCCAUCAAAGGGUUUACACCAUAUGCAUUCUAGCUCAUCAAUAAACGAUAUCAAUGACAGCAGCGCUCAAGCUGAAAGCGAAAGUAAGAAGACUUCAUUUGAUCAUGCUCAUAACCUUGCAAAAUCUAUGCCUGAUUUGCAUGGUAAUGAUGAGGCUAUGUCAGAUACGAAUACUAAUGUGUCAUUUUCACCCAACACCUCAUAUGCGGAUUUCUCAAAUAACUAUGCAUCUGAUACUGGGUCAUAUGCAUCUUCUAUUCGUAACUCCAGUGACUACAAAGAUAGUUUCGAGAUGCCAGAUACAAAUUCAAACUCUUCAGCAACCAAACCGCAUCAAUAUGUAACACUAAAUGAGGAACAGAAGAAAAAAUUACUCAAGUCAAGCUAUUUCAAAAAUGAGACACAAUUUGUAAUAGCUUUGCAAAACAUCUCGAUUAGGCUCUCGAAAGUUCCAAAAGAGGCUAGAUUAUCCACAUUGAAGGCAGAACUUUCUAUACUUAAUAAAGAUUUACCUUGUGAAAUUGAUAUCCCAAUGCUAUUACCAAGAGCUAAAAAGGGUAAAAUGCAUAAGAUCUGCAGAAUAGCAAUAAAUGAGAGUGCGGUUCUUAACUCUGCAGAAAGAGUUCCAUAUUUGAUCCUAAUUGAAUAUCUCACCGAUGAAGCAGAUUUUGAUCCAUCAACUCCUUCCAAUAGAAGUAUACUGAGACAUAUUGAGGAUUAUGAAGAUCUGGGUGGGUCUGACAAAUACAAGUUUGAUCUCUCCUAUAAUUCCUCAAAUAGAAUAGCCUCUACUGCAUCAACCGCAGAAAUGUCUACUUUAAAGAAAGGUGAUUUCGACGUAGUUGAAGAGGGGGAUUUGGCAGACGUUUCAAUUGUCAAAAUGACAAAUAAUUACGAAAAAUUCAGAAAUACUUCAGUUAUGACACAAGUAGACUCUUUACAGAAUAUGAUAAAAAAUGACACAAGUAGUAAUCUACCUAUACCACCUCUUACUGCACAGAGUGACAAGGAAAACAAUAUUGCCACACAAUUGAGAAUUGCAUCUAUUAUGUUGACACAGCUGGAAUCUUCCAGCUCACCUUUACCUCAGCACCAGUCAUUACAAAUCAAAAACAAAAUUAUCAACUCCAUGCAAACCAUGCAAGAAGGAUUUGCCAAUAAUAUAGAUACCGAAGGUGCUGGAGAGCGUAAACUUUCUAAUGAUAUGAAAGUUGCAGGCUUGAGCUACUUAGGUGAAGAUUGGGAGACUAAAAAGGCACGCAUUCGUCAAGAAAGUAAAUUUGGUCAUUUAGAAAACUGGGAUUUAUUCUCCAUGAUAGCAAAAACCGGGGAUGAUUUGGCUCAAGAAGCCUUCGCUUGUCAGCUGAUCCAUCUUAUGGCUAAUAUUUGGUAUCAAGAUAAAGUCAAAGUUUGGGUGAAAAGAAUGAAGAUUCUUGUUACCUCAAUUAGCACAGGUUUAGUGGAGACAAUAACUAAUGCAGUUUCUGUUCAUUCCAUAAAGAAGGCUCUUGAGCAGGACAUGAUAAAGAAAAAUGAGCAACCGAUUAACGGAGUCAUUUCAUUGAAAGAUCAUUUUAGGAGAUUGUUUGGUGAGGAAAAUAGUAGACGCUAUAAAUUAGCACAAGAUAAUUUUGCAUCAUCUCUCGCCGCAUAUUCAGUUAUUUGUUAUAUCUUACAAAUUAAAGACAGGCAUAAUGGUAACAUUAUGUUUGAUUCUGAGGGUCAUAUAGUUCAUAUUGAUUUUGGGUUCUUGCUUUCUAAUUCACCGGGUUCUGUAGGUUUUGAAAGCGCACCCUUUAAAUUAACACAAGAGUAUGUUGACGUGUUAGGUGGGGUAGAAUCAUAUCACUUUAAAAAGUUCAAAAGAUUAACAAAGGAGGCUUUCAAAUCACUAAGAAGAAAUGCGGAUUGUAUUAUCAACAUGGUAGAACUAAUGCAGACCGACUCUUCUUUGCCAUGCUUUAAAGCUGGUGAGAAUACAUCUGUUCUACUAAGGCAAAGGUUUCAACUACAUUUAACAGAUGAAGAGGUUGACUUAUUUAUUGAUAACUUCCUUAUCAACAAAUCCUUGAAUAGUGCAUACACCAGAUUAUAUGAUCAGUUUCAAUUAUUAACGCAGGGUAUUUAUAUAUGA